AUCUACUCCAGUGAGUCACAUCAAACACCUUGGCACUUCUAUCGCGAAGAAGGAUACUAUGUAAGGGCAUUCGUCGAUUCGCUGGCGAGGGAUAACAUUGAUCAGCCAGUCAGAUCGAUCAGACCCAAAGACAAUAGCGUCUCCUCCAGCGCACGUCCACAAGAAUCAAUCUCAACCUACCUGACAGCAACGGCAGAUUCAGGAUAAAUACUCCCCACAAUCUCCUUAAACGCCCUAUCAUCCUCGUACCUCUCCCUCGUCUGUGCAACGAUCACAUGCAACACAGGCCCCAAACUGUCUCCCCUCUCAUACAUAUCGUCUACAUCGCUCUCGAACGCGGAGGAGAUACUGAUGAUUCCGCAAUGACAGUAAUACUCAUAUUUGGAGAGACGCAUUUUUCAUCCACUUCAGCUAUAUCCCUAACCAUCCGCGUAGCACGCAUCACUCCCGCUACCCGUGCACCCCGCCCAGACGAUCCGACACCCCUAAAACCACCUUUUCGUAUCCUUACCAGAAAACGAACUAUCAGAGAACUUGCGGCUAAUACGAGAAUAAAAGUCAUAGCGAAUAGAAAAGGAGAGGAUCCACAAGUAGUGAGACGGGCGAGGGAAGUGAUGUUACAUUUACCGAAUUCGAAACCGCGAGGGCGGAGGGUUCGAGAAGUACAAGGAUACCUGUGGUAUAUCCAAAGUACCUGCGCUCUCCGCAAAGCAGGGCAUCCAGGCAGCGGACGAGGAUGGUUUCGGAAUCGUAAGCGACGUCAAAGAUAAAGCACACACGGUGGACGAAGUCAUUUGCGAUAUAGAACAAGAGAAUAAAUAUGUGACUUCACAAUGAACCUGCUUAUUAUUCAUCAAUU